CUGCAGCACCGCUCCCCGGCACCCGGACAUGCGGCGCCACGCGCGGCCCCUGGGCGUGCUGGCAGCCGUGGCCAAGGGACUCUUCCUCCUCUGGGCCGUGCCAGCGCGGAGCACGCAGCCCCCGACCCUGCAGCAGAUCCAUGCACUGGUGCGGCACAUGGCCGAGGACGCCCGGGAGCUCUUCCUCUUCUACGAGCAGGACCAGCGCCUGGCCUUCAACCGGCUGUGCCGCACCAACGCCUCGCUGGAGUGGCUGCGGGGGACGGUGGUGGCGGGGACCGGGGGGCUGCGGGCGCUGCACGGGGCCAUGGCCCGCAUGGACCGGGCGCUGCAGGGAAUCACCCAGCACCAGCGCGACCUCAACCCCCCCGGGGCCCCCAUCCUGCGCCGCCUCGACAGCACCCGCCUGAAGGUGCGGGGCCUCCUCAGCAACCUGGAGGGCGUCCUCCAUGCCCACGGCAUCGUCCCCACCGUCCCCACCCUGCCCCGGCUGCUGGAGGCCACCAGAGUCUUCCAGCAGAAGGUGGAGGGCUGCCGGAUCCUCUGGAGCUACGCACGCUUCACGGAGCAUCUCAGCGCCCAGCUGGAGGAGCGAGGGCUGCGGGCGCGCCGGGAGGAGCAGAGGCAGCAGCGGCGAGGCCGGCGGCGAGGCCGGCGGCCAGCGAGGUCCUAGGGAGCCCCUGGCACCCCCGCUGCUGUCACCCGAGCUGUCCCCAGCACCCUGGGGCUUGCGGUUGGAUGCGGAGAGCCCGGCGCGUGGCUGGCACUGGCACAGAUGUCCCCCAGGUGCCACCAUGUGUGGAAGCCGGCAUCGGCCAGCGGGGUCACUCUGGGUUGGUGACGUCCCCCGUUGCCAGCCCUGCCUGAUUUUCCAGUGAUUCAAUGAGUCUGGUGACAUGUCCUGACUAAGGGGCCGCUCGCACGGCACCCGCACACCCGGCGCAGGCAGGGUGCAGCCCCAGACCGACAGUGGCCGCUUGUGCCACCGGCAUGUCACCGGCAUGUCACCCCCUGCCUGCCUCUCGAGGGGUUCGCUGAACCCGGAGAGCACCUGGGGGUGGCUUUUCUUGUGCCUGGUGUGCCCAUCAGCCUGAUGUCCCUGUGAGCUUGGUGUCCCCAUGAGCCUGGUGUCCCCGUGCACUCAGUGUCCCUGCGAGCGCAGUGUCCCUGUGCUCGUCCCUGCACGCCUGGUGUCUGUGUGCCUGUCCUUGUGCCUCACGUCCCUGCAUUGUGUCCCCACGCCCUCAGUAACCCCGUGCCCACCCCUGGGCCCUUGGUGUCCCCAGCAUCCCC